AUGCCAGCAGAACAUCCUUUGAUAACACCAGACACCAAGCCCACAGUGCUAAUCGUCGGUGCUGGUAUUGCCGGACUCACAUUAGGUAUCCUUCUUGAAAAGGCGGGUGUCCCAUAUGAGAUCUACGAUCGUAUGACUGAAGUCAAGCCGUUAGGAUCUGCAUUAGCGAUAGGCUCGAACGUGGCACCAUUGUUCAAACAGAUUGGUAUUUACGAUGAAUAUUCCAGCCUUGGGAAGCAAGCUUUAACAAUUGACCAAUAUAAUGAAGAACGCACAUUAGAGUAUUCGCUGGACUUCAAAGAGUGUGCCAAGAUGGGGGGUUUUCCAGGAUAUAUCCUCUCCCGUUCGGCCUUUUAUGGCUUGUUAUUUCGACAGAUCCCGCCUAACAAAAUCUUCCUAGGAAAGCGGGUCCUAUCCAUUAAGCAGAAUCUGCAGAAUGGUGUCCAAAUCCAGUUCUCAGAUAAGACAGUUGCAGAAGGUGAUAUCCUUGUUGGUGCUGACGGUGCUUAUAGUGCUGUCCGACAGAGCCUCUAUGAAUCACUAAAGAAAGAAGGUCGGCUACCAUCUUCAGAUGACGGAGCUUUACCAUUCACCUCUGUUUGUCUUGUCGGACAGACUAAACCAAUGGAUCCUGAAAGAUAUCCAGACUUGGCAGAUCCCUUCUGUCUUUUCCGAAAUGUUAUUGGGGAUAACAAACCAUAUUCUUGGGGGUACUUAACAGUGAAAGAGAAUAUCUUUUGUUGGGGUGUUACUCAAUACUUGGACAAUAAAAGUUCUAAGGACCAUGACAGCUUCAGAAACUCAGAAUGGGGCCCUGAAGCUACAAUUGAAAUGUGUAAAGAGGUCCGAGACUUUCCAGUUCCUGGCGGCAAGAACAAUGAUAUGACUAUUGGAGACCUCAUCGACAACACACCGCUGAUCACCAAGGUCAUGCUGGAAGAGAAAGUGUUUGAUACAUGGUAUUCAGGAAGGACGGUCCUCAUUGGGGAUGCUUGCCACAAGAUCCAUCCAGCUAGCGGUGCUGGUGCUAUGAAUGCAAUGCAGGAUGCAGUGGCAUUAGCAAAUUGGAUUAGUGUGCUAGAUUCGACGGCAGUCGAAGAAAUGACAGAAGCCUUCAGAGAGUAUAAAGCAGAGCGUUACCCAGUUGCCAUAAAAGCUUUUGAGAAUGGGCGAGCACUAUCCAAGGCGACCGCAAAGGGUUUGAUCGCCAGGAUAACUCGUUAUAUUACCAGAAACUUGCCGACGUGGCUUUGGAAUAUCAUGCUUAGACGCAUGAUGGAGUCGCGACCUCAAGUGUCAAUCUUACCUCUAGUUGAGGACAAAGGGACUGUGCCGCCUAUGUAUCAACCAAGUCUUCAAAAGACACUAGCAAUCAGAAAGGCUAAGGAAGCCGAGCAAGCAGAACAAACAACCGCAGCUGCAGCAGUUUAG